AUGGAGGUGCACUCGCGCGUCUUUGGCUGGUCGCCGCCGAACAACGAAGACUACCUCGACGUCCAGAUAGCGCAGAACGCGCUCCUGCCAUUCCAGAACCCCACGUUCCACAUCUCUGAGCCAACCAUCAUCAUCAAGCGAGUUCGUGAAGCGCCGUCUGCAAACUUUGGAUCGACAUCGCCGGCGUCCAGCACCUCCGCGCUCUCCACCGACGGCGAUUCUGCCGCUGAGAAGCGCGUCGAGACCGCCGGGAGGAACGGAGACCCUAACUGGGUCGCCCGACCGCGGAAUGAAUUUAUUCUGUUCCGUUGCGAUUACGUGCGGAAGCAUUCUCGAGAGGGGAAACGCAUUCGACGACCGCCAGGCGCUGAAGCCGAGAAGACGCUCUCGAAGCAGGCGGCGGAGGCAUGGCAUCACCUCUCCCCGGAGAAGCGCCUGUAUUGGAAGGAGCAGGCGAACAGCGAGCGCAACGAGCACGCGCGUCGGCACCCCGACUACCGCUACAGGCCCAAGAAGAGCACAGCAGGACGCAAGCGCCAGACGAGAGCCUCGCCGACAAAGUCGAGCCCCGCAGCCGACGAAGUUCCUCUCCCUGACCCCUCACCUAUCAGCCGAACGACUUCAGGGUCUAGCUUGCCACCACCCAGACUGGCGCCUCGCCGGUCAUCGUCCGUCCCACAGCUCAUAGUGACAGAUCCGGCGACUCGGCGGCUUCGUUCAACGGUGAGCCAUGGUUGGAUUGGCGUCGCUACGCCAGCGUCCGCGCCACCCGACUGCGUAUCGUUCGGACCUCCUUCGAGAGAUUACACCCCCAUUCCGACCGGAUUCCAUAGCGCACCGGCAUUCAUUUCUUCGGGUUACGCCUCACCAAAUUUCUCAUCCACUCCGACACCACAGGCGCCGCCGGAGCAGACCAUGCAUCCCGCUAGCUCUUCGCUUCUGAAUUGGAACGGCGAGCGUCUCGUCCCUGCAGCGCCGCAACCCACGUACUACCUCUCUUCCACCCCCAAUCACCUCCCUCCACCGUCCCACUUCGAUGGGAACGGCAACAUUGUCGUGACGGAAUACACCAGUGGCGGGAACCCGCUUCCUUCUUCCCAGCUCUUCGCUGUGCCGCCAGGCGCGCACUACCAGCAAAAUGGCGACGUCUGGAUGCCCGCCACCUACCCAUCCGAAGACUCCAUGCUGAGCGCGCCGCAGGAGGGGGACACGUCCGGCGGGGUGCUUGACCCGCAGCUCAUGCACGGGAUGGCCGCCGCAUCAGGCCCAGUCGUCGGUGGAACCGCAGCUAUCGCUCAACCCGGCUUCAACGAUAUCGUGGCGCCGCGAGCGCAGAUGCCUAGUAUGGGUGUCUUCGGCGUGGAUCUUGCCAGAAAGGCGUCGGCCCAGAUGGACGUCCUGGGCAGUGGCGCACCGGAGUCAAACACCGAAACCUUAUUCAAUAUGGACACUGACGACUUUUUCAAUCCCCGUUUCUGA